AUGGCCGAGCUCAGCAAGACCAACGACCUCAAGGACCGCGCCCUUAUCAGCCAAGGCGAUGCCUUCAUCCUUGCCCCCAAGGGCGAGCACGGCAGCAACUUUACUGGCGGUGAUGACACUUUGGGCAUCGAGAACGGUGACGUUGCCUACGUAGGCAAGGACGGCCUCCUCGAUCUCAAAAGUACCAACGGUGUUGCUGCUGGUGGCUUGACUGAAGGGUUUACUACUGGUUUCAACGACACCCUUGAAUGGGCUCAGGGCCAGUUCUUUGCCUGCCCUCAUGUUUCCCUCUACGCUGCCGGCCCCUCGACCUACAUGAUUUACGCCAGUCGCUCUUGA